GUUUAGCUACAAAAGCAACCAAAACAUUUCCUUAUCUCUUUGUACCUCUUGUUGUUCAUCCUCAUAUCUUCUUUCCCUCUAAACACACAGCAAAAAGAUGACAAUGUCUGUUCAAAUGCUUCUUUGUUCUCCAUCUCAACACCAUCUUCUCCUCAAACCAACAUUCAAUCCUUUUUAUUCACCCAAAACUAAGCCUCAAACAUCACUAACUCGCACUACUACUUCUACUACUAUUACUGCACUUCUUUCUUCUACCAAAGAAUCUGUCUUGAAAGAUUUCCAUCACCAUAAAGCUCUCAAGAUAAUCUCUGGCUUGCAGAAUUUAGACAGAAAUAAUGUGUCUUCUGUUGUUACCGCUGCAGACAAGGGAGGAGCUACUCAUGUUGAUAUUGCCUGUGACCCUGAGUUGGUGAAACUUGCUGUCAGCUUAACUACCCUUCCAGUGUGUGUUUCUUCUGUAGAUCCCUCAGCUUUCUUAGCAGCUGUACAAGCUGGUGCAACUAUGGUAGAAAUCGGAAACUAUGAUUCAUUUUAUGAGAUGGGCAGGUUUUUCUCUCCUGAUGAGAUUUUGAAGUUAACAAAGGAGACCAAACAGAUCCUACCAGAUGUGGCUCUAUCAGUAACUGUCCCUCACACAUUAAGCCUCCCUGAGCAGGCCAAGCUAGCAGAGCUCCUGCAACAAGAAGGUGCAGAUGUGAUUCAGACCGAAGGGGGAAAAUGUUCAACCCCUUCAAAGCCAGGGGUGUUGGGUUUGAUUGAAAAGGCUACACCAACAUUAGCUGCAGCAUAUUCAAUCUCGCGAGCAGUAACAAUCCCAGUAAUGUGCUCCUCGGGAUUAAGUUCUGUUACAGUUCCAAUGGCCAUCACAGCAGGUGCUGCUGGUGUGGGUGUUGGCUCAGCAGUUAACAAGCUUAAUGAUGUGGUCGCGAUGAUUGCUGAGGUUCGAAGCCUUGCUGAUGCACUGGCCUCUACACAGAAGCAAGCUGAUGUGGAUCACCAGAAUACUGUAAGAUGGAUGUGAUUCACAAAGGGCAAAGACUAUAACUUCAUCAGCCAAAGAGAGGCACGAGGCGAGGGAUUUCGAAAGAGAAUAAGAUGGGCAAGAGUUGAGAUUUUGGAUUAGGCUAGGUAGCUGAUCUAGUGAUAUGCAGAUAGCCAGAAAUGUGUGUACACAAUUGUCCUGAGUAUGAUAACUUUUACUUGAUGUAGGAAUGAAAGAGCAAUUUCAUAUACAACAUCAAGGUUCUUGAUUCAUAUAAUUGGUUGAUGGACAUCAAAAAUUUUUAUGUUGACAAGCAA